UUUCCCUUAAUUUUCUCACUGUUUCUCACUCUCCCAACUCUCAUUCUUCCCUACAGAUUUCGCCGACCAGCAUCCGUCUAUACAUACAACCAGCUCGUUGUCUCCCUCUCUCUCUCUAUAUAUAUAUAUAUAUAUAUUUAUAUAUAUAAGCAGAUACAGAUUUUUUUUUUCUCGGCGUGUUUGAAUUCGUUCGACCUUCGGUGAUCUCUGUCAAUCACUGUUGCAUUUUAUGAGCUAUUGGCUGUUGAGGAUAGAUGCCAGUUGCAAAACUCAGCACUUUCGGUGCUCCAGGUGCAAUGAAAUCAGAUGAGGGCAAUGAUUCACUUGAUACAUUCAUUAGGCAAGCUAUAGGGAAAGAGCCUCUUCUUUCUUUCUCAAGAACAGGGGACAGCCCUGUACAGUGGAUCCAGUUACUUCAUGCCUUAGAUCAGCCAGAUCUCCCAGGUUGGCCUUUGCUGACGCCUUUAAAGGUUCAAAUGCACAAGUGUGAGAAAUGUUCUCUGGAAUUUUGUUCACCUGUUAACUAUCGUAGACAUACACGCUUGCACCGCCGAGCCUUAAAUUUUGAUAAGGAAUCUCGUAAGUAUAGGGAUUUACUGGGAGCAUUUUGGGACAAGCUUUUGUUGGAAGAGGUUAAGGAAGUUGCAUCACUGGAUGAUGUCUCACUAAAGGAAAUUCCUGGGGCUUCACUUGUCAUGUCACUGACUUCUUUUCUCCACAAACCAGGGGUUUGGGCCCUUCCAUCAGUUUAUGUGAAAGCUGGUUCUACAUUGUCGGAAAUCAUCCAAGCUAAACCUUCCAGGCUUCCUAUCUCAUCUAAGGAAUUAUUUAGCAUCCUUGAUGAAGCUAGUGAGAGAACAUUUUUAUGUGCUGGCACAGCAGAAUCAGUGCAAAAAUAUAUAUUUGAUGGAGAAGUUGCAAAAGUUGGCCUUGACUUGAAGAAUUUAAUUGCAUGCACCUGUUUCCUCUUCGAGCAGAAACUGGUGAAAUCAUGGCUUGCUGACAAAGACGCUGAGGCAUUGAGAUGCCAAAAGUUGCUUGUGGAGGAGGAGGAAGCUGCUCAGAGAAGGCAAGCUGAGUUAUUGGAGAAGAAAAGACAGAAAAAACUGCGGCAGAAGGAACAGAAAGCAAGGGAUCAGACUGAUGAGGGAAAAGUGGAUGUCAGCAUAACUGCUGAUUCUUUAGAUGAUCCAGUAGUGGUAGAAAUAUCAAGUCCUCCAGCACCAUCUGAUUCCAAUUCAAGUACUCUUGAUGACAUAUCCUCCAGUGUUGAAAUGAUUUGCUUCUCAAAUAUAGAUAUAGAAAUUGAAGCACAAGAAAUCUCCAAUGAACAUUUUGGUCCAGGUACAGUUCAGAGUGUUGAACCCCUGCAUGUGUCUGCAAAUAAUCAACGACAAAUUUCCAACGGCCACUGGUGGCAGGUACAGAAAUCACAGAGGGUUGGACGAAAUGGCUUUUUUAGUAGUCGGGAUCAUCAAGCUUUGAAACCUGAACCUGUACAUAAAUAUGCUACUCCCAAAGAUCGGGGGCCUGUAGUUAAUAAUGGUAAGGUAUGGACAAGGAAAGUCAGAGUGGAAAAUGUUGAGGGAUUGAGACCCUUGUUACAGAAGGAGGCAAUAAACCAAACCCAGUGCGACUCUGAAGUGAUAAUUGGGUCUAUUUCCGUUCCAGUUAAAAACAGCAUUGCACGUCAACUGGAGAAUAACUUAGCUGAAGCACAAGAUCAUUGUGGCAACAGACACUAUACGUUGUCUAAGAAGCAUGAUGUUGCAGAAACACGAAUUAGAAAUGAUAUCACUCAGUGUAGCACCCUCAGAGCCACAAACAAGCAUUGGAGACCUGUGAGCAGGCAUGAAAUCGGCAGAUUAGAUAAAGAAGAGGGACUUUCUGCUAAAGUUGAUGAUUGUACUGUACCCAGUGAAAAUGGUCUGCAAUCAUGUGGUGUAGACAACGCUGAGAACAACCACUCCUGUCAGCUUUCAGAUGGUAACGCACAUGCAGAAGGCCUACUGAUCUCCAGUAAUGCCGUCAAAGCAUUUCUCUCACAGAGAUGGAAGGAGGCCAUUGCAGCAGAUCACGUGACAUUAGUCCUUUCCCCUGAUCCUGAACCUCCAGGAUGCCUCAAUGCCCAAAGUGACACUCCAGAGGCAACUCCUCCAACUUCAAAUUUUCAAGCACACACCACUGGUAGCGGAGCCAUAAGUUCAUUUUACGCUGGAAAUCCUAAAGGGAAAUCUACAACAAAACCUGAAAAGAGUAUUAAAAAGAAGUACAUUCCCAAACAAAAAAACUGAUAUUCAUGCAACAGAGAAGCAUUUUGUUAGCUAGCUGCAUGCUUUAAAGUUCAUUCAACACACAACUUUCUUCCAUUUUAUUGAUCUUCUGACAGAACUUGAAAAUUUUAAAGGUUUUUUGUAGGAAAUCGCUUAUUUUGAAGAAGAAUAGCUUAUAUAGUUAUAUAUAGUUCAGCUCCUUUUAGCUUCCUUUUUCUCUGUGAGUUUACAACCUCAUCUUGUCUAGGUGAUUAGGUCUUUUUCACAUCAAAUAUUCCUGUAAUAAAUGGUUUUUUUGUUCUUUU